AUGCAUUUCCCAAUCACCUCUCUUUUGGCCUUGGCAUCUCUCGUCGCUGCGGAGACAUUCAAGGUAAUGAAUCACACAGUUACCCAGUCCUCGUUUGCAGAGCCAUGUACACUUCAAUUCAAUACGGCUACUGGACUUGCUGGAGCAGACUCUGGCUUCAUGCCCGUCGCGCCCAAUUCCACGGAGCUUCCAACGUUUGAGAUCCAAAUCAACGACGCGACUUCCCCUCAAUGGUUCUUCUGCAACCAAGCAAACCACUCUAACUCUGAGAUGGUAUUUGCAGUCAAUGCCCCCAGCUCUGGGGCAAAGUCGUUCGAUGCAUGGGUCGCAAAGCUAAGAUAG